AUGUUCAAACACCAGCCGUGGCUUCACAUUCGGUGCAAAGAGGAUGCAAAGAAAAUCAAGUUAGAGCAGCCGCCUAAUGUCAUCAAGGUGGACUGGAUCAACUACGUUCUGCAGACCGGAGCGGGAAGCAACCAACGCCUCCACCACCAACGCGGAAGAGCUUCUAGUACUGACGGACGAAGCGUGCGCUCAGUGGGGGAAGAGCCGUGGAGCUCUGCCGCCAAAGCUCCUGAGCACUGUAUUCCGUUUGAGGGAGAUGCCCUGCGCAAAUCCCCAGACGUGGACGUACAAGACAAGCGGCCAGUCACGCGACGCAGGACGCUGGAAGCCCAGGCAAGUGCAGACGCUUCGGAGCUAGGGGAGACGCCCAUGGGUGUGUCAACGUCGUCGGAGGCAGGUGAUGAAGACGAUGCCGACGUACUCGCCGUGCUGCAGCAGAACCGUGCAUUGACCCACGAUGCGGUGCCCGCCGGUGGUACCGUCACUAACGGAGGCGGGACAGCAUCAAUGUUGGCAAUGAAGGAGGCGCGCGGGCGCUCGGCCACGACGUUUCGCCCAACGACACUUAAGCAGCAGAUCUACAACGUCAUUGGCCACACCGACAACCAAGGUAAGGACGCUCAAUGUAUUCUUGAAUGUACGCAGGCCCGUGAAUCUCGCAUCCGAGAGGCUUCGCCCGUUUUACGCGGGGCAUUUGAUUUCGGAUUUCAUGUUCGCGGCCUCUCCGUCAUGCACUUUGAGCGCGUACGGCGAGCGACACCGCUGGAUGCGUCCGGUUCCGUGAUCAAUAUGACAGAUUUUUCCAGGAAGAACGGCCUCCAAUCAGCCACAACCGACCCUUCGUAG